AUGUUCACAGAAGCCCUAAAUCUCUGCCUGAAUGACUCACAAUGGGAACGAUCAUGGUUGCCGGUCCAUCUUGGAGGAGUGGGUCUCCUCAAGGCUUCCCAAAUAGAAUUUCCAACAUCUUCCAGCGCAGCAUACAAAGAACUGUUAAUGAAGAUCUUCCGAGGACGUCUCAUUACUGCUGCAGGAGUGCACGUGCCAAGUUUAGUAGAGGCACAGAGGCAGCCACCCUCCUCGAGGGACUCCAGCGCCUUCACCUACAGUACUGUAGCUACACUUCAGGGUAGAGACCAGGAAGGAACCCUACAGAGCCUGGUGGAGGGGUGUCCUGCUGUCUCGCACAUCUCUCGCAGUCAGAGCAGCUGUAGUGCAGACACCUGUCGUCACGACCCCUCGACCGUGUACACACAGCUCUCCUACCUAGACUCUCCACGGUCCAAUUCCUCUAACGGGUUCGCUACGAGACGGAAAGUAGGCGGGGAGCUGAGCACACGACACUGGUGGCUGGUGGGCCUGGUGUUCCUGGUGGCGGCCACGGCGGGGGUAGGGGUGGGGGUCCCCCUGGCCCUCCGGGGGGACCCCUUACAGUCCCUCGACAACAGACUAGAAACCGCCAACAAAAUCCUGGCACAAUAUCCUCUCAUAGACGGACACAACGACUUACCGUGGAACAUCAGAAGUUUCAUACACAACCAGCUGGAAAAACUUAAGCUGAACGAAAGCUUGAAGAACGUGGAACCGUGGUCUGUCAGUAACUGGUCUCACACCGACAUCCCCAGACUCAUAGAAGGACGAGUAGGUGGACAGUUCUGGGUGGCCUACACGCCCUGUGACUCACAAUACCAGAAUGCGGUGCAGCUGACCUUGGAACAGAUUGACUUGAUCAAGCGGGUUAUCAAGAAGUACAGCCAAUACCUGGAGCUGGUCACCAACUCUCAAGACAUCAAUACGGUGUUCGCGAAGGGCAAGAUCGCCAGUCUCAUCGCUAUCGAGGGCGGCCACGGCAUCAGCAACAGCUUCGGCUCCUUGAGAAUGAUGUACGAGUUGGGGGUCCGCUACCUGACCUUAACACACGCCUGCAACACACCCUGGGCCACCUCGUCUGUGAUAGAGAGAUCGUCGGGAGAUGGGACGAAGAACGAGAAUUAUGGCCUCACGGAGUUUGGCAAGAAAGUGGUGCAAGAGAUGAACCGGCUGGGGAUGAUGGUGGACCUCUCACACGUGUCCACCAAGACCAUGAAGGACACCCUAGACGUCACGGAAGCUCCCAUCAUUUUCUCUCACUCCUCCUCCCGCGCCCUCUGUAACAACCCCAGGAAUGUCCCCGACGAUGUCCUACUACAAGUGAAACGUAACAGAGGCAUUGUUAUGGUGAGCUUCUAUGCCGACCACGUCAGCUGUAGUGAGACGGCUAAUGUGACCCAUGUGGCCAACCACAUCAACCACAUCAGGGAGGUAGCGGGUAUCGACCAUGUUGGUAUUGGAGCGGACUUUGACGGCAUUAAUAAGACGCCGCAGGGCCUGGAGGAUGUGAGCAGGUAUCCUUGGCUCCUGGCUGAGCUCCUGAGAGACCCGCGCUGGACCGUGGCAGACAUCAGGAAGCUCAUAGGAGAGAAUGUCAUCAGGGUGUUUUCUGAGGUGGAGCGGGUGAGGGACGACAUGCAGGCAAAGGGUGUUGAGCCCCUGGAGGAGGAGAUUCACCCCGAGUACCUGAAGGGCAAGACCAACUGCACCUACAUCUUCGACUGAUCACAUCACCCAACACCUUCACCACCGCCAUCAGUCAGUCAACACCUUCACCACCGCCACCAGUCAGUCAACACCUUCACCACCGCCACCAGUCAGUCAACACCUUCACCACCGCCACCAGUCAGUCAACACCACCAUCACCAGCCAGCCAACACCACCAUCACGUCAUCAACUGUGAUCCUCUCAACAACCCAAGAACGACAACUUGUUGAUGUCUCUUCUGUACAUCUUAGUGACAUCUAGAGUUCAUCUCCGACCGAUGUUGCCUUUUAAAAAGACGUCAAGUGACAUCCAGCAUCUCCUUCGAUCGAUAAUUUUGACGCUAAAGAUCCCACUAAUUACGACCGACGCAUGAUGGCCUCUUCGUCUCACGCCAUCAACAGGUCGGCCUCGCAGUGAUAUAUGUGAAUGAAAACAAAACAAGACACUGACAAAUGAAAUAAACUGAUUUAUCAAAGGAAAACGAUGCUUUCCAUCUCUCGGUAAAUGGAAAGAAUUAUUGUGAUUUAUCAUACUCGACGCCGGAGUCUUAUGAAUAGAAAACGGUUUGACGAAGGACACGAUCCAUAAUAACAAAUUGUAUCCUUUGUAAAGAGGAAACUGACUUACGGGAAAUAUGUGGCAGAGCGAUGGAAAAUAUCCUUUGAAUAAUCUAGGGAAAAACUUGAAGGAUUUAAUUUAUAGUGAAAAAAAAAUUAAAAGAAAAUACUUUACGAUUGUUUCGGGAGCCAUAACCUGUGGUGUUGAGUCGUGAGGACGAUACAACACGAGACAGACAGACACACUCACGUUCAUCGGUGCUAAACAAUGUGCCACUUAUAAACAACGUCAUAACAACCAUCCUAACCGUCUCUGGAAACAAUCAUUAUCAACUGUUCCAGAAGACAAAAAUGCUCAUAGUGACCUUCCUAUACCUUGUGACCUUUGACCCAGUCCAGCGUGAAUGACCUUGUGAUGUAUAUUAAAAAGAAAAAAAAAAUAACAUAUCAUAACAGUGGGUGAUAUAUGAGCGAAAUUUCUAAGUAAAUUUAAAAUUAUUUGGCGAAAGUUUUGUUUGGAUCAUGACCGUGAGAAUUACUAUACGAAUAUUUCCGCCAUUUAUUUACUGAUAUCGCUUAGGUUAUAUUUUUCUGUGGGGAAAAAUGACACUGACUAACUACCAGUUGGUCGUAAAUGUCCUAAUAAACGUUACCCAAAAAAUAUGCAAAAAAAAAAAAAAAUCAGGAUAACAUGCAUAGAGAAAUAUCGAAAUAAAUACAUGACAAUAGGUAGAGAAUCGCAGAAGAACGAGUAAUGAUAGACGAGUUAUAUUUGUCAUCAGCGAACAUGAACGACGGUGGUGGCGAUGGUGACCGUCAGCGACUAAGGUGUAACUGUUGGCUGCGAUACAAUUAAUAUUGACAGUCAGUUGCUGCUAGAGACUGACACAAAGAAUAUGUUAUGACGUAAAAGUAACUAAUCAGGAAGAAGAAGAAAAGGGAAAAUUAUAUUAGGGUCAUUUUACAAUCUUGGGAGCAAAAAAUAAAAAUAAAAAAAUAAUUAAAAACAAAUGAUGUAUUUAGUUUCUCGUUAAUUAAAACUUGGACACAGAAAAUAAGCAGAGAUCUUACCGAGGCAUAAAAUGACAGGUGUUGAUGAUACAUUAAGGUAAAUAAUAAAUAAAAAAAACUUAAGAGAUAUAUUUUGGAGAAGGGAGGGAGGAGAUCGAGUAAGAGUGAAGGUUAUUUUUUAGGAUAGGGAGGGAGCUCAUGUUAACUUAGGGGGAAAAGGUCAUGUUAGAGUAAAGGGGAAUCAUGUUACAUUAGGGGAAGGUCAUGUUAGAAUUAGGUAAAGUCAUGUUAGAGUAAGAAGAAUCAUAUUAAAGUAUAGGAAAAUCAUUUUUAAGUAGUAGAAGGCACAUAAGGGGAAGUCACAUUAGAGUAAGAAAAACCAAGUUGAAAAGUAUGAGAAAGUCCUACUAAAGUAAAUUAAACCAACGUUAGAGUAGUAAAAGUAAGAACCACGGAUACAAAAAUUCAGACGCCGUUGUAAUGUAGUUUAAAAGAGUGGGAACUAUUCUUGAGUAUAAAUAUGGAGACAGCCAUACUUAAGUAACUCAAUAGAAAGUAGAUUUACCAUAAUUUUCAAAGUUUUUAAGAAAGCCAUAUUUCAGUAAGUCAUAUUUUACCUCACUGAUAAUAAAAAUUAUUCUUAUACAGUCAAGAGAAAUAAAAAUGUUAAGAGCAGCCACAAUAAAGAUAAUUUUUAAUGAGGGAAAUUAAUGUUUAUUUAUAUCAAUAUGGCAGAUUUUUUGUGGACUUAUUAUGCUGAGAAAAAUUAUUAUUAUACUCAAGAAAUAUAGACUGACAUUGUAUAUAAGAAUAGCGAAGACCAGAAGUAUGAGAGGAUUGGAAAACUGUGUUUAAGUAGUGUCGACUAUAUUGAAAAAUAACACGAAAUGUGGAAAAAAGUAUUACAUGAAAAUAGUUAAUGUACCUGAAAUAUAUCAUGAUUGGAGUUGAAUUAUAAGAUAUUUUUCACAUUAUUUAAAAUCGAAAAUAUAUAGAACCAUCGUUACGUGUUGAAAGGUAAAUAACUGACUAGUAUUAUGACAGUAUUAAUAUGAUCAUGAAACUUCAGUAACAUCAUAAACUCAAUUCUCAUGUUCAUUUCACCACCCAGGCUCUUCUAUUCGCCACCCCGGCUCUUCUAUUCGGCACCCCAGCUCUUCCACUCAACAUCCCUGCUCUUCCAUUCACUACCCCGGCUCUUCUAUUCACCACCCCGGCUCUUCCAUUCACUACCCCGGCUCUUCCAUUCACUAUCCCGGCUCUUCUAUUCACCUCAGCUCUUUUAUUCACUACCCCGGCUCUUCCAUUCACCACCCCGCCCGUUCAAUUCAUCAUCCUAGCUCUUCCAUGCACUAUCCUCCUUCUAAUGUUCAAUAGCACCAGUCAGUAAGUCUCUUCCAUCUAUCAUAACAGACGGGGUAAGCCAUUCACCAAUUAGACUGUCCUAUGUAUCUAAUGACCAACUGUCCUUGCUGUUCCUGUCACCAAACAUCCAUCCUCGUCCUCACUGCAUUUUCAAAUACAUCAACCGGCUGUUGCGGUCGACACUCCGGUUACCAUCGUUAACAUCUCUGCUGUUUUCAUUACCAUCCCAGCUGUUUUCAUCAGUAUCUCAGCUGUUUUCAUCAGUAUCUCAGCUGCUCUCAUCGCCAUCCCCGCUGUUUUCAUCAGUAUCUCAGCUGCUCUCAUCGCCAUCCCAGCUGUUUUCAUCACUAUCUCAGCUACUUCCAUCACCAUCUUGGCUUUGUCAUCAACCAAAUCAUUCCCAUUACCUCACCGACCUUCGUGACUCAUCAUAUACCUGACCUCCAUAACAAGGUUUGGUCCUCAAUUAAGUCUAACCUCUAGACCAGUCCACCUUGGUCAGGAGCCUAUAACCUCCUGGAGAGCCUUUUGUCUCUAUCAUUAAGCUCGUGACCUCUCAUGACCUUAGAGGCAGUCGUACCUUAUGUACACAAGGCACCAGUGUACGACAUCAUCCUGCUUAUGUCGCUGAGUGGGAAGAGAGUUAGUGAUAAAAGGAGGCAGGGCUUUAGGCCUCUUAGCUAAUCAGACCUCCUCACUCCGCUUGCUUGUCUCCGUUGCCAUGACAAUUGGUUUGUUUACUCGCAUCGUACGUCUGGCGCCCAAAAUACAAUGGUAGCUACUGUGGGUCUCAAAGGGGGAAGAGGCCCAUUGCAGCUCCUCGAAUUUAUAACUAACGUUUUGCAUUUAUUUUUUUUUCUUGCGCUUGCGGCAUUAUACUUGUUGACAUGCGACGACAGCAGCACAAAUGAGCCUCCUGUACAUUAAACGGAGGCUCGUUUUUCCUGGCCACGUCGUCUAAGGUUUGUUAUUCUUGCUAAAUGUCGCUGUAGCCUCUGUGAGGAGGGGUUUAGGGAACAUUGUCACCCAGUGUUGUUCUAUUGUGGUAAAGGAGAGACUCCGGAGACUACUUAAACAACUUGGGGGAACAAGUAGACGGCCUUGCUAUGACCUCUAGAAAGGGAAUAUUUCUUCAAGAAAAUGAAGUAAAGUUUCUCAAGUGCUCCACACACACUUCGACUUUAGACGGAAGAAAACACAAGAAUCAUCGAUAAUGUGUUUACAUGUGUGAGUUUGUUUCAAGAAUACGGACGUGUAGGUAGACAGUCCCUCUCUUGUAUGGGGGAACAUUGUGUUUAUAGACAUGGCUCCAUAAACGUGAUUUGUGUACAGUGAACUUGAUCGGUUGUCGAACGACCGACUCUUGAUAGAACAUUAUCUAAAUAUUAAGUUAUGGUAAAAUAAAGAAAAUUUUUUGUACUUUAGCUACAAAGAUCGGGAUCAAAUGCUUAUAAAAUACUAAAAGCGCUAAGUGAUUGCUCCGUUUUUUUAAUCCUAUUGAAAUAUAUGGGUGAAUUUUUUUGUAAGUGGUGUGGCGUGAAUGACGACACUUUGCGACAAUCAGUGAAUGAAAUACUAGAGUGGGGGGCCCAGCCGGCCUCCAGACUGCAGCGCCUCAUGCCAGACUCCUUGUAGAUACUUUUCCUAGUUUUAUGUUUAUGUUUGAUUGCUGCCUUAAACGUUAGUCAGUAGGCGUGGUACUAGCAGGUCCUGUGUCACUACCGCCACCCUAUGUGUUGCUCGCUCGCGCUGCAGUCUCGAGGUCGCUGCUCUAAAAUUAAGACAAAUAAGAUUUUUUUUUUCAUGUUUAGAUAAGGUCUAGCCUGCAUAUCGUAAAAGCAUGUAAUAUAUCUAGUGUAGUGUUCAUAUCCUUACAGUAUUACAGAUAAAAUACACAAAUUAUACAGAAACUGUUGCAUAUAACAUGUAUAACGUAUAUUUAUCCAUGCUGCUCACCAGAAGUGUGUUUUUUAGACUGCAGUUUAAGAAGCAAUGAACAGAAAAAAAUACCCAUUGUUAAGCUUGUAGAUUCACAUGUGUGCUAUGUGUAAGUAUAUUUUGACAAGAGUUUCAUGUGUGCAGAAAUGUAAACAAGUUAUAACUACUGUAGGUCUCUGCACUAGGACCUUAAAAACUGGUGGUCAUCUGAUGUACAUUUUUUUCCUUUGUAAAACUCAUCCAGUGUGGCGUGAGUGUGUGGUGUGAGGGACCAGCCACCACCCUGCCCGAGGCUUCCACGAGGUCGCUGCCACAACACAAACAAGCCUGGCCGCCUCAUGGAAGCUCUCCCCGUGACGCACCACCUGGCUGGUCCCGUCACACCAGCUGUUACCGAACUGUUGUCACAUUUUAACAUCAUACAAUGAAAGUGCCUUAGAACAGUUCUGGUGUACAGAGGGUGAGACUAUGUGUGUGUUACUACUAUUACUGAUACUAUUACUAUUGCUGUUGCUGCUGCUUCUGCUGUGUGAGUGUGUGCGCGAGAGAGAGUGAUUGAGAGCGCGUGUGUCUGCGUCUUCACUUCAAGUACACGGGGGAACAUGUACUGAAUCAUCGGCAUAAAACAUUAUAUUAUCGUUACUGGC